AUGAGAAAUAUUCUCAAGAUAGUUGUCAGCCUUGCGUGGUCUGUUAUACUUCCAAUAUGUUAUUUGCACCAAAACAAUUCAUUGGCUUUUGGCAAGACCAAAGAUGUGCUCUCAUUCCUUAACAGACUUAAAGGCAUUCCUCCUUUAUAUAUCAUGGUUGUGAUUAUAUAUCUGCUUCCAAAUUUACUGGCUGCAAUCUUGUUUAUAUUUCCAAUGCUCCGACGCUGGAUUGAGAACUCAGACUGGCUUAUUGUGAGGUUUCUUUUAUGGUGGUCACAGUCUCAUGUUAACUCGUUUUAUGUCAAUGCAGCUAAGAACAACUAUGGAGCAGUUGCUUCACUCUGGGCACCAGUAAUCUUGGUUUAUUUUAUGGAUACUCAAAUUUGGUAUGCUAUUUACUCAACUUUGUGUGGUGGUGUUAUUGGUGCCUUUGAUCGUCUAGGAGAGAUACGAACUCUGGGCAUGCUAAGGUCACGGUUCCAGUCCUUACCUGGUGCAUUCAACACAUAUUUGGUGCCUUCUGAUAAGAAGAAAAGGGGAUUUUCUUUCUCGAAGCGUUUUCAUGAGGUUACAGCUAGUAGGAGAACUGAAGCUGCAAAAUUUGCUCAGUUAUGGAAUGAAGUAAUAUGUAGUUUCCGUGAAGAAGAUCUCAUAAGCGACAGGAAAGGCCCUAUUGGAACUAAAACGGUUUUCAUUUAUUUCAGGGAGAUGGAUCUGUUGUUAGUUCCUUAUUCCUCAGAUCCUAGCCUGAAACUAAUUCAGUGGCCACCCUUUUUGCUUGCUAGCAAGAUCCCAAUUGCAUUGGAUAUGGCAGUUCAAUUUCGGUCCAAAGAUGCUGACCUCUGGAAGCGGAUAUGUUCUGAUGAAUAUAUGAAAUGUGCUGUUGUUGAAUGCUAUGAAUCUUUCAAACUUGUGCUGAACGCUUUGGUAGUUGGAGAAACUGAGAAAAGGAUUAUUGGCCUCAUUAUUAGGGAAGUUGAAAGUAACAUUUCCAAGAAUACAUUUCUUGCAAAUUUCAGAAUGGGUCCUUUGCCUACUCUGUGCAAGAAAUUUGUGGAGCUUGUGGAUAUAUUGAAAGAUGCUGAUCCAUCCAAUAAAGAUUCUGUGGUCUUGUUACUGCAAGACAUGCUGGAAGUAGUUACUCGUGACAUGAUGGUGAAUGAGAUUCGUGAAUUGGUAGAGCUUGGUCAUAGUAGCAAGGGACAACUUUUUGCAAAUACCGACUCAAAACCUUCUAUUAUGUUCCCUCCUGUAGUUACAGCACAAUGGGAAGAACAGAUAAGACGCCUCCAUCUCCUUCUGACGGUAAAAGAGUCUGCCAUUGAUGUGCCAACAAACCUCGAAGCACGCAGAAGAAUUGCAUUCUUCACAAAUUCAUUAUUCAUGGAUAUGCCACGUGCACCUCGAGUUCGCAAAAUGCUCUCAUUCAGUGUCAUGACUCCCUACUACAGUGAGGAGACUGUAUAUUCUAAGAGUGACCUUGAGAUGGAAAAUGAAGAUGGUGUAUCAGUUAUCUACUACCUGCAAAAAAUCUUCCCAGAUGAAUGGAACAACUUUAUGGAGCGCCUCAACUGUAAGAAAGAAAGUGAGAUCUGGGAAAAUGAAGAAAAUAUUUUGCAACUACGUCAUUGGGUCUCCUUAAGAGGACAGACUCUGUGCAGAACAGUUAGAGGGAUGAUGUACUACAGAAGGGCUUUGAAGCUUCAGGCUUUUCUGGACAUGGCUUCUGAAAGUGAGAUACUAGAAGGCUACAAGGCUGUAACAGUUCCAUCAGAGGAAGAUAAGAAAAGUCAGAGAUCCUUGUAUGCACAAUUAGAGGCUGUAGCUGACAUGAAAUUCACUUAUGUUGCCACCUGUCAGAAUUAUGGGAACCAAAAGCGGAGUGGAGAUCGUCGUGCAACGGAUAUUUUAAAUUUGAUGGUUAACAAUCCAUCUCUCCGUGUAGCAUAUAUUGAUGAAGUCGAAGAAAGUGAAGGUGGAAAAGUACAAAAGGUCUAUUACUCUGUAUUGGUUAAAGCUGUUGAUAAUCUUGAUCAGGAAAUCUACCGUAUAAAAUUGCCGGGUGCUGCAAAGAUAGGAGAAGGAAAACCUGAAAAUCAAAACCAUGCUAUAAUUUUUAGCCGAGGGGAAGCUCUUCAGACUAUUGAUAUGAAUCAGGACAAUUAUUUGGAGGAGGCUUUUAAGAUGCGUAACCUACUUGAAGAAUUUAAUGAAGAUCAUGGGGUGCGCCCACCUACAAUUUUGGGUGUUCGUGAACAUAUCUUCACUGGAAGUGUUUCUUCUUUGGCUUGGUUCAUGUCAAAUCAAGAAACGAGCUUUGUCACCAUCGGUCAAAGAGUUCUUGCAAGACCUUUAAAGGUUCGAUUCCACUAUGGACAUCCAGAUGUGUUCGACAGAAUUUUUCACAUUACCCGUGGUGGCAUUAGCAAGGCUUCAAGGGGCAUCAAUCUGAGCGAGGAUAUCUUUGCUGGUUUCAACUCUACGCUGAGACGUGGGAAUAUUACUCACCAUGAAUAUAUCCAAGUUGGGAAGGGACGAGAUGUUGGCCUCAACCAAAUCUCACUUUUCGAAGCAAAAGUGGCAUGUGGUAAUGGGGAACAGACGCUCAGCCGGGAUAUCUACAGAUUAGGCCAUCGUUUUGACUUCUUCCGCAUGCUGUCUUGUUAUUAUACAACCACUGGAUUUUAUAUCAGCUCGAUGAUGGUAGUCCUUACGGUUUAUGCAUUCUUAUAUGGGAAACUCUACCUUUCAUUGAGUGGAUUGGAGAAGUCGAUAGUUAAAUUUGCGAGGUCUAAGGGAGAAAAUGCUCUGAAGGCUGCCAUGGCUUCUCAGUCCCUUGUUCAACUUGGUCUUUUGAUGGCCUUGCCCAUGGUUAUGGAGAUUGGACUCGAGAGAGGGUUCAGAACUGCAGCAGGCGACAUAAUAAUCAUGCAGCUUCAGCUGUCAGCCGUUUUCUUUACUUUCUCUCUGGGGACAAAGUUGCACUAUUUUGGGCGUACGAUUUUGCAUGGAGGAGCAAAGUACAGAGCCACUGGGCGUGGAUUUGUUGUGCGGCACGAGAAGUUUGCGGAGAACUACAGAAUGUACUCAAGGAGUCAUUUCACUAAAGGGCUGGAACUAAUGAUUUUGCUUAUAGCUUAUCAAAUUUAUGGCUCAGCAGCUCCUGAUUCUACUGCCUAUAUUCUUCUUACAUUCUCCAUGUGGUUUCUAGUAGGUUCUUGGUUGUUUGCGCCCUUCCUUUUUAAUCCAUCAGGAUUUGAGUGGCAGAAGAUUGUGGAAGACUUGGAGGAUUGGACAAAGUGGAUAAGUAACCAUGGUGGUAUUGGUGUUCCAGCGGCCAAGAGUUGGGAGUCGUGGUGGGAGGAGGAACAGGAGCACCUGCAGUCCACUGGACUUUUUGGACGGUUAUGUGAGAUUGUUCUUUCUCUCCGCUUCUUCAUCUACCAGUAUGGCAUUGUUUAUCAGCUACAUGUGGCCAAUAAUGACACAAGCAUCAUGGUCUAUGGUCUGUCUUGGCUGGUCAUUGUUGCCGCAAUGAUCAUCUUGAAGAUUGUGUCCAUGGGUAGAAAGAAAUUCAGUGCAGAUUUCCAGCUGAUGUUCAGACUCCUCAAGUUGUUCCUCUUUAUUGGGUUCAUAGUCACUCUUGCCAUUCUGUUCUCAUUCCUUAGUCUUACAGUUGGUGACAUCUUUGCCAGCUUAUUGGCCUUCUUGCCCACAGGAUGGGCUCUUCUGCAGAUAUCCCAGGCAUGCAAGCCAAUAGUGAAGGGCUUAGGAAUGUGGGGUUCUGUUAAAGCUCUGGCAAGAGGGUACGAGUACAUAAUGGGGCUGGUGAUCUUUACGCCAGUUGCUGUUCUGGCUUGGUUCCCAUUUGUCUCAGAGUUCCAAACUAGGCUACUUUUCAACCAAGCCUUCAGCAGAGGGCUUCAGAUUCAGCGUAUUCUGGCGGGCGGGAAGAAGCAUAAGUGAGUGCAGCAGUACACCUUGAAGAUUGCGGUUAUAGGAGAAGAAGACAGAGAUGUACAAGAAGCUGGGUUUUGAAAUCAAAUAAACAGAAAAUAGCAAGAACACAUUAUGCGCCCCUGGCUUAUCUGGAUCUCCACUUUCUGCUUCAGAUCUGCAUUGCAGCAUGUAGAAAACGAGCUCUCAAUACUUUUGGGGAGUUCCUCACAUCUUGGUCAAUCAAUGCGUUUGUGGUUUUGUAUACUCAUGUAUAAUAUGCAAAGUAUUUGAGCACACCUUGUCGUUAGAUUCAAUUCAAGUAUUAGUUCUGGUGUAGCAUUGAUUGAAGCAAAGUGGGAGACCAAAAAGAAGAACCUUCAAUUUCAAUGUCCGAG